CAUUGAGGAUUACAUUCAUCGUAGCCUAAUGUUCGUGGUUCUGCCCUGUUGCUAGGAGACCUUUGACAUCUGAGAUUUAAAAGUGAUUCGGCCCAAAUGAUACCCGCGGCCGAUCAUUUAAACAUAUUUAUGGACCGGAAUAAGAUUCAAUGUUAAAAUAUGAAGAGAAGAUAUACUUAAAACAAGCAACAUGCAGUUAAAUAAAGUAAUACAUUUAAUAUGAAGACGGCUGACUGAAGGUCAUUUUGUAAUCGGUCCUGUUAUGGCUCAGACAUGAUGACCCAUUAGGGUGGAUAGAGCGCUGCAUCAGUCUGCCUGCAUUCUGCCCUCUACCAAAAGCACUUGACCAUCACACGAUGCUCUGAGAGGAGUGAUUUUGGAUCAGAGGGAACUAUUUUGGAUCCAAACAGACUGUUCGUCAAUAGGAGUGUUGCACAUGCUCAGUCGGACCGGUCUGGUGUUUUGUAGCGUCAACAGAAAACACCUUCUCCUCUCUCCUACAGGAGCAUGCCCUCUGAGCCUCCUCCCAGCUCUCAGGAUAUGCUGACAGGACAGAGGCUGUGUCAAUCCAAAUCCCACCAGGACUCUGUCCUCUCUGCCCUUAAUCAGCAGCGCAAGGACGGACUUCUCUGUGAUGUCACCCUUGUUGCUGGCGAACAGAAGUUCCACGCUCACAAGGCGGUUUUGGCAGCAUGCAGCGAUUAUUUCCGGGCUAUGUUCAGUCUUUGCAUGGUGGAGAGUGAGGCAGAUGAGGUAACUCUACAAGGCGUGACUAGUGUGGGACUGAAGCAUGCACUAGAUUUCGCCUACACGGGCCAGAUCAUGCUGGAGCCAGGAGGGAUACAGGACGUCCUGUCCGCAGGAAGCCACCUUCAGCUGCUGGAGCUGCUUAGCCUCUGCUCACACUAUCUCAUUCAGGAGCUGAACAGUUUUAACUAUCUGGACCUGUACAGACUGGCAGACCUUUUCCAUUUGCCGGCCCUGGAGGAAGCCGUGGUGGGCUUUCUGGUGGAUCACCUCUCUGAGCUGCAGCAGAGCAGACAAGAGGAUGUGCUGCUUUUACCUUAUCGGCUCCUCAGGGAGGUGCUAAAAAGCGACCGCCUCACCUCUCUCAGCGAGGAGGAGAUAUGGCAGUUGCUGGUGCGUUGGCUGGAGCAUGACUGUAAAUACCAAUACAUGGAGGAACUGCUGCAACACGUGCGCUACGGGCUGAUGGAGGUCUCCGCCCUGCACCGCGUGGCCGACAGUCACCCCCUCCUCAACUCCAGCACCGUCGCCGCCCUGGUGGAGGAAGCCUUGGAUUACCACCGGUCCGUAUUCACGCAGCCCCUUUGCCAGACGCCCCGCACCAUCCCUCGGUUCCGGUCUCUGACGCUGUAUAUCGUCGGCGGGCGGAAGCGAGAGGUCAGCCGCGUACGGGAGCUGAGGUUCUUCAACCCUGCCACGCAGGAGCACAUGCGCGUCGCCGGGGGUUCGAACUGGAGCGAGCUGGCAGCCAUGCCUGCCGGGCGAAGUCACCACUGUGUGGCCGUCAUGGGGAACUUCCUGUUCGUGGCCGGCGGGGAGGUGGAACACGCCACCGGGAGGACGUGUGCGGUGAGGACGGCGUGUCGGUACGAUCCGAGGGUGAAUCGGUGGACUGAUAUCGCGCCGAUGAAGGCGUGCAGGGAGCAUUUUGUGCUGGGUGCUCUCGGACAGUAUCUAUAUGCCGUCGGGGGCAGGAAUGAAUUGAGACAGGUUCUGCCCAGCGUGGAACGCUACUGCCCAAAGAGGAACAAGUGGACGUAUGUGCAACCGUUUGACCGAUCGUUGUCUUGCCAUGCGGGUUGUGUGGCGGAUGGACUGCUUUGGGUCUCAGGUGGUGUCACAAACACAGCGCAGUACCAAAAUCGACUGAUGGUCUAUGACCCAGAACAGAAUCAGUGGCUAGCCCGCAGUCCAAUGUUGCAGCGGAGGGUUUAUCAUGUGAUGGCAGCAGUAAGAAGGCAUCUGUAUGUGCUGGGCGGUAAUGAUCUAGACUACAACAAUGACCGAAUCUUGGUUAGACACAUCGACUCGUACGACAUUGACAUGGACCAGUGGACACGCUGCACCUUUAGUCUCCACACAGGCCAAAAUGAAGCAGGAGUGUCGGUCCACGAUGACAGAAUCUAUGUGGUUGGUGGAUAUUCUAUCUGGACAAAUGAACCGCUCGCUUGCAUUCAGGUGCUAGACGUAAGCACCAAAGGGAAAGAGGAGGUUUUUUACGGACCGACGCUCCCGUUUGCAUCAAACGGAGUAGCGUCAUGUUUCUUGCCCGCCCCGUACUUCACCUGCCCUAACCUCCAGACCUUACAAGUGCCACAUCACAGGAUAGGAGCUCUCUAACCUGCAACGUCCAACUCAUUCUGGAUGUUUACAGUUGCACAAGUGGACUAUGAACCAGUGGUCUUCAUGUUUAAAGGCUAUUCUACUUGCACAUUUCUUUCAGCUGUGACACGAUGGAUGUAGAAUUCUCUGUGGAAACCUUCAAAAAGUGAUGAAUGGAGAACAUACGAAUGAACUUCACAGGCUUUCCUUUUCCCUAAUGCAUUUCUGAACUAGAUGCGGUGGUGCUGCACCACGAGCCCUGUUUAAGAAGCACCUUGUAAAUCUGGAAGAACGACUAAAAGCCUGUCUGUUUGACUCGGUCCCAUAAAAUAAAGGUGCUUAAAAGGUUCUUCACAGCGAUCCCAUAGAAGACCCAUUUUUGGUACCACAAAGAACCAU